AUGAUUACCCCUUCAAACCAUCCACCAUCAUUAUGGAGAAGAUUUACCGUAGAAUUGGAUAGGAUAAUACUCAAUUUAGGUCCUUCGUAUUAUUCCCUGACUAUGGGAACGGGUAUCGUUUCGAUUUUAUUGUAUGGAUUACCGUGGAAUGGUUUAUGGUUGAGAUAUAUUGCAGAAGUUAUAUUUGUCUUCAACGUAUUACUGUUUGUGUUGAUCACUCUGGGUAGUGUGGUGAGGUAUGUCAAAUAUAAGGGAUUAUUCGGAGCGGUAUUGAAACAUCAUACUUCGGGUAUGUUUUGGGGAUGUAUGCCUAUGGGUCUUGUCACCAUCAUAAACAUGAUCGCCAAGGUUUGCGUCCCGGCUUGGGGUUGGAGAGCCGCACAACUUGCCUUGGGAUUAUGGUGGAUCGACGUCAUCUUCAGUAUCUUGAUCAACUUUGGAAUGCUCUUUUACAUCUUCGCCCGCCAUACCCACACUAUCGAGACCGUCUCCGCUCCAUGGCUACUACCCAUCGUCACCUCCGUCGUCGUUGCCGCUUCCGGCGGUGUAGUCGGAACGGCUCUUCUUCCCUUCUCCCCAUCCCUAGCUCGUUCCGUCGUCCUCAUCUCAUACGUCGUAUGGGGUACCGGUGUCCCCGUUGCCCUCAUGCUCAUCGUUCUAUGGAUAUACCGUACAGCAUUGAUCGGAUUACCCGCACCGGCCGCUCUUCCCAGUGUAUUCCUACCUCUCGGUCCAUGUGGUCAAGGAGCAUUCGGUAUAGCCCUUCUCGGUAAAACGGUCCGACAAUUAAGUUAUGAUUAUUCCACACCUUUCGCUCUACUCGAAACACCAGAAUCGUCACUUCGUCUAGCCGAUGCAGUUUAUGCCGGUGGUUUAGUCACUGCUCUCAUCUUAUGGGGAUUAGGAUUAGUAUGGUAUACCAUAGCACAUGCUAUAUUCGUCGAUCAUUUCUUCCGAUGUAACAGAGACUUUUUCGGAAAGACAAGUUUCACAAUUGGUUUCACGGCGAUUACUUUCCCUAUCGGUGUUUGGGCAACAGCGACAACAGAGUUAGCACAGGAAUUGGAUUCCAUGGCUUUUAAAGUCAUAGGAACAGUAGUGAGUUUACAAGUGACUUUCAAUUGGGUUUAUGUGAUGGUAUUCACUAUUUGGAAAGCUUGGGAAGGGACUAUAUGGGUUGAUCCAGCCUUGAGUGGGUUCGAAAAAGGGAGACCACCAUUGAGGUUUGGAGGAAAGUUAUGA